CCACCAACAUGGACAACAACGAUCCAAUAACCCUGUUCUUUCCAGGGGAAUCCUCAGUCGACCUAUACGCUGUCCUGAAUUUGAAAGAAGAUGCCAGUCCAGAUUCUAUAAAGAAAGCUUACCGUCGUCUCGCCCUUGUCUACCAUCCAGACAAACAUGCCACAGCGGCUGAGCAGGCCAAGGCAGACGCGUCGACCAAAUUCCAGCAAAUUGGUUUUGCUUACGCUGUUCUUAGCGAUGAAAAGAGAAAAACACGCUACGAUAGGACUGGAGAGACAAAUGAGGGUUUUGAACUGGGUUCAGGUGACGAUGGGUGGGAGACGUACUUCCAAGAUUUGUUCGACGGUGUCACUCGCGGCAAACUUGACCAAAUGAAGAAAGAGUACCAAGGCUCUACAGAAGAAGUUGAGGACUUGAAAUCGGCCUAUCUUGAAACGAACGGCUCUAUUGCAGAUAUAAUGACUUACAUUCCGCAUUCGACUUACGAGGAUGAGGAUAGGCUCACUAUCACCAUUUCCUCCUUAAUAUCCCAAGGCGAACUAAAAACAACGCCCGCUUGGGAGACAGGUGUGAAGGAUCAGAGGGCCAAAUUGGCGCGUAUGAAGAAGGGUGAGAGGGAAGCAAAGGAAGCGGAGAAGCUCGCGAAGGAGCUAGGUGUUUGGGAUGAAUUUUAUGGGAGUGGGAAAGCCACGGACCGCAAAAAGGCGAAAGAGAAAGGCAAGGGGAAGGGGCAGGGCGAGGAUGCAGAACACAAUGAUGAAUCCGCCCUUCAAGCCCUCAUUUUGAAGAAGAAUAAGAAGAAUAUGGACGGCUUUUUCGACAGUCUAGCAGCGAAAUAUUCUGAACCUAAAGCAACAUCCCGGGAAAAGGGGAAGAAGAGAGCGCACAGCGCGGCUGAUGAUGGAGAGCCACCAAACAAAAAAUCUCGGCGUGGCGUUCCACCUCCUCCAGAGAUCGACGAUGCGGAGUUUGCGGAAUUACAAGCAAAACUCUUUGGUGGGAAGCGGAAGGUCGAUAUCCCUGAAGCAAAUGGGAGGAUCAAGCGAAAGGGGAGGAAAGCGAAAUGAUGAUUUUUUAAAUCUGCACUUUUCUAUGAAACCCCCUUUUGUAUUCUUACUCGUAAUUCCACUGAAUGCUAGAUGUAU